AUGAUGAGGAGGAAGAGGAUGAAGAAGAAGAGAUAGACGUAGUGACAGUGGAGAAAAGACGCUCCUCCUCCAACAAGGCUGUCACCACCCUUACUAUUACAGUGCGUCCUAAAAAUGCCACUUUUCCAGCAGUCAGGACACAGCAGAACGAACUGAUUCUGAAACGUUGCGCACCGAUUCACCAGCAGCAUAAUUAUGCCGCUCCUUCUCCAUACAUGGAGAGUGAAGAUGCUCCACCACAGAAAAAGUUAAAAACCGAGGUUCCCCGUCCAGUAAAACCCACGAUCCAACCAAAGUCUAAGAGUUCCAGUCCUCGAAACUCCGAUUCAGAGGAUAGCGAACGUCGACGCAACCAUAAUAUCCUGGAGCGUCAACGGCGUAAUGAUCUGCGGUCAAGUUUCCUCACGUUAAGGGACCAUGUUCCAGAACUGGUUCAAAAUGAGAAAGCUGCAAAAGUUGUGAUCUUGAAAAAAGCCACUGAAUAUGUUCAUUCCCUUCAGGCAGAGGAGCAGAAGUUACUGCUAGAAAAGGAAAAAUUGCAAGCCAGACAACAACAGUUGCUAAAAAAAAUAGAAUACAAGCGGACUUGCUAAACUUUGGUUUGGUUUGGUUUUUUUUUUUUGGCUGACCAGGACAGUCAUUGCCACUUUGCACAUUUUUGAUUCUUUAAAAAAAAAAUUGUGUUUUUUGACGUUAAGAAUGUUGGUUUUACUUUCAAUCCAGUCCCUGAAGUAAUCUACAAACUAUAUUAUCCGGGUACGGAGCAAAUGGAUGUUCUUGCAAGGAGUUUAUUGCAAGACUACCAAACAACAAUGGACUGCCUUUGUUUUUCUUUUUAAGAACUGUAGAUGGUGGGGAUUUUUUUUUUUUAAAUUGUUGUGAGCAUUUGGAGCUGCUGAUGACAUCGAGUUGAGUUUUAAAAGUUCAUUCCUAAGUUUUAUGGUGCUUAUGUUCUAACAGAUGUUACUUUAGGGGUUGGCGUUUUGUACCCCUGUGGGAAUUUUCUGUAAAUACCAUCUACACACUUGCCUUUUGUACAUGUCUUGGGUUAUGAGAGGUGGCUUUUGCUACCAGUAUUAGACUGGAAGUUCAUGCCUAAGUACUGUAAUACCUCAAUGUUUGAGGAGCAUGUUUUUGUAUACAAAUAUAUUGUUAAUCUCUGUUAUGUACUGUACUAAUUCUUACAUUGCCUGUAUACUUUAGUAUGAUGCUGAUACAUAACUAAAUUUGAUACUUAUAUUUUCGUAUGAAAAUGAGUUGUGAAAGUUUUGAGUAGAUAUUACUUUAUCACUUUUUUGAACUAAGAAACUUUUGUAAAGAAAUUUACUAUAUAUGCCUUUUCCUAGCCUGUUUCUUCCAGUUAAUGUAUUUGUUAAUGUUUGGUGCAUAGAACUGGGUUACUGCAAAGUUCUGUGUUUAAUUUCUUCCAACGAUGUACAUUUAGUGCUGCGUCUUAUAGCACUUUGAAAUACCUCAUGUUUAUGAAAAUAAAUAGCAAUUACAUGAUGUG